GUUUAAUGUUGUUGUAGACUUGUAGAUUGUUUACAUCAAUCUUAAAUAUGCCGAAAUAUUUCUGUGAUUAUUGCGACACUUACCUUACCCAUGAUUCCCCUUCUGUGAGGAAAACGCAUUGUUCGGGGAGGAAACAUAAAGAUAACGUGAAGAUGUAUUACCAAACGUGGAUGGAGGAACAAGCGCAAGAACUUAUUGAUAAAACGACCCAAGCGUUCCAGAAGGGGAAGAUGGGUAACUUUGGUGGGUUACCCCCUAAUGGUAUGAUGAUGGGGCCCCGGGGUCCGAUGCCGAUGAUGCCAAUGAUGCCCGUGCGACCCAUGGGUAUGGGGGGUAUGUUACCCAUGCGACCCGUACCCCCGGCCAUGAUGGGUGGUGGACAAGUCAUGAUGAUGGGGCCAAGACCUGGGAUGUAAUAGUGGGACCAGAUAUCAACUUUGGGAUCAUAUAUGGAUGAAGAUUGGGAUCAGAUAUGGACUUUGGGACCAGAUAUGGCUUUUUAUAAACAUUGCCACAGAUUUGUGUUUUGCUUAAAUUACAUACACAUUUUACAAUUAAAUUGAAUUAUUAUAAAAAUAAUUGUAACAUUUUUUGUUGUCUCUUUUUAAUUUGUGUCCAGUAUAAACGACAUUAUUUCCACCAUUAAAGUUAAAAGUCGAUUACUUGCUGCUUAUUCCUUAUUUCAAUCACCUAACGAUAUUAUUUCCGUUGUUUGUUUUUAGA